AUGCCGCACGCGACCGAGGAGGAAGGAAUGGAAUCCUCGGCAAUCGACAGUUUCCUGCGGAAUGGUGGGCUGCUGGAGGAUGAGGACGAGCAGCGCGGCUUUGAUCAGACGGGCAAAGACGAGGAUGCCGUCGACUACGAGGAUAUGAGUGAUGACGAUCUCCCUGAGGAGGAGCAAGCAACCAACGGAGGCAUCGGCGAGGAUGAUGACCAGUUCCAAGGAUACUUGCAGUCGGCAACAGGCGGCUUCAAUGGUCUGCCCGUGCAGCCGCCCAUUAAUGGAUACCACCAUGCGAAAGAGACGUCAGGGGACCUGUUCGGGGACACGGAUGAGGUUAACGACCUCUUUGGGGACCGAACAUCCUCUCCUGAAGAAGAGCGCCGCCCUCCAAGUCACGUACAGCCCCAGCAACGGCCGAGCGGUUUGGCGCUUCCCUCGAAGUCUGGCCUUGCGCUGCCCACAUUCAACGGCACGUAUCCCUCUUCACAAGCACCGAGUCCGUCAUCGUCUAGUCCACCGCCUUACGCAGAUCGCAAGCACUCCAUUCAUUCGGCUCACAGCGACUCCACGACAGAGGAUGACGCCGAUCCGAACGUAGCGCUCCAGAAGCGCUUGCUCGCCGAUGCCAAGCGAAAGCUUGCCGGAGAAGAUGUAGACUCGGGACCAGUGGAAACGGAUGUGGCUCUAUUCAAUACGCUCUACCCUGGGUACGACGAGCUGCAUGCUCCAAACUUCAUCGACCUGUUCCCUCCGCACCCUGUCGUGUACAAGGGGAAGUUGCCGCUCAAGCCGCCAAAGGCUGUACAGCCGACGAAACUCUCACUUGACCUUCUGCAUGACCAAGAGCGCAGUUUCAAGACAUCGUUGCCCAUCAAUAGAGCUGGACACGAGAGCACUUACAACAACAGCAUCAUCUCGCUCGGCCCUCUAUUUGCAUCCAACGACGACAGCGAUGGCGACGACGAUUCCAGCAGUAUCGACGACAAUGAGCGUAUCGGGGGAAUCACCAUGCAAGAUCUCAUGCUUAUUUGCGAGGACUGGGAUGUGCCCACUGAAACUGCCUCUGUUGUCCUCGAUCAUGCUGGCCAGGCCUUGGAUGGCGAUGCUUCUGAAGGAGACUGGGAUGCCGAAGAGGGCAUGCGUCCAGUCAAGAAGCGAAAGAUGAACGCUCUGGAUUCCGGCCUUGCCCUCUCAUAUCGGGACAUCCAUCUAUCUUUGGAGGAUCCUGAGCGCGCUGUUGCCAAGCUUGCCAAAGCUGUCGCGCUAGAUCUAAACGACACGCAUCUCCUGAUCGAUGAGCAUGCGCCUCGCCAGAAGCGCAAGCUGCGACGCGUGCCUGGAGACAAGCGCGAUGCUGCACUGAGCCGAGACAUUGCCAAGCGUUACAACAUCAGCAACGACCAGGCAUACGAGUUGCUGAAAGAGAAUCACCACAACAAGGUCCGCAGUACCAUUGGCGGCAUGGCUGUUGAGCACAGCUAUCCGGCUACCAAGCUGCAGUACCCGUUCUACCGUGUUACUUUGGAUUCCAAGGCCAAGCGCUCCUUUCAUCGCCCCCAACUGGAGCUCAAAGGUCCCUCGCUUCGUGAGCAUCGCUUUCAGAAGCCGAAGCAUAUCAAACGCAAGAACGUCAAAGGCCGCGAAGCAAAAGAGGUCUUCGCCAAAGCUGAAGAUCUGUCACUCGGUGAUAACGGCGCUCUACUGCUGUUGGAAUACUCCGAGGAAGCUCCUAUGAUGAUGUCGAACUUCGGCAUGGGCAACAGACUGAUCAACUACUAUCGAAAGCGAGGCACAGAUGAUCAGGAACGCCCCAAGCGCGAGAUCGGCGAAGCUCAAGUUCUCCUGACUCAGGACAAGAGCCCGUUUGGCAACUUCGGUCACGUCGACGUUGGUGAGACUGUGCCCACUAUCCAGAACGGUCUCUUCCGUGCGCCGGUCUUUGCGCAUCAGCCUAAAACCACUGAUUUUGUCGUCGGUGUCAGCAGCACAUACGAGCUAGGAGAUCGCUUCUUCCUACGCAAUGUGGAGAAUCUUCACGUGGUUGGACAGCAAUUUCCACUGCUGGAGAUACCUGGUCAGCACUCCCGGAAAGUCACAGAUGCUGCCAAGAAGCGGCUUCGUGCCCUCUCGUACCGCAUCUACACCAAGAGCUUGGAUCGAAGGGACAAGGUCCUCGACAACGCAACGCUCAUGCCGCAUCUUCCCGGCCAUGACAUGCCGCAGACACGCAGCAAGAUGAGGGAGUUUAUGAGGUACGAGCGCGUGGCUAGCCGAGGCGAUGGAAGCAGUGGUGUCUGGGUUCCUCAACCAGGUCAGCCCGUUCCCGAUGCCGAGACUUUGCGCAGUUGGAUUCGACCGGAAGAUGUCUGUCUGCUCGACUCUAUGCAAGUGGGUGUUCAGCAUCUCUCUGAUCUGGGCGUUGAUGAGUCAAAGGAUGCUGGUGAUGAUGAAAAAGACAUCGACGAAGGUUCCAACAUCGAGCUGCAGUUGGCGCCAUGGCGGGCAACCAAGAACUUCCUCAAUGCCAAUCAAGGCAAAGCCAUGCUCAAGUUGCACGGCGACGGCGAUCCCACGAGCCGAGGCGAAGGUUUCAGCUUCGUCAAGACUUCCAUGAAAGGUGGCUUCCAAGCUCAAGGCGAGAGUGUUCAAGAUAAGAUCAACGCGAAAAAGCGCAAGGAGACUGGUGGCCAUUCUUAUAAUGUCGCGGAGCAACAGAAAUCGUAUGAGGAAUCCAUCAAGCGGAUCUGGAACGCACAGCAGUCUAGCUUGAGCAAUCCUGAAGUAUAUUCGGACGAUGACAUGGACGACGAGCAUGACAACGACGCCGAGUCUGGUUACGGGCGAGAAGCUACACCCCGAUCGUCCUUCAGCACUCCGGCUGCGUUCGCUUCUCGGAACGAUGACGACUACAUGAGCCAGUUUAGCGGACAGAGCGGUCGUGGACAGAAAAGUCUCACCAUUCGACGUGGCGGAGGAACGGAUGCACAGGGCAAUCCACUACCAGAAGUCACUGAGGUCAUCACCGAUCGCCGCGUGAUCGCCGCGUACAGAGAACAGCACAACCAACGGAAAUGGGGCAACAAGACGUAAGUUGUCCACUCCAAAAGAAGAAACUAAACCAGAAUGUGUUGCUAACAGCCUUAGUAUGGCCGACUUCAAGCCCACCGGCGAUCCGGAACAUGACCGAUUUGCUCGUGAGCAGCUUCAGAAGGAGCUCGCACGCAUCCAACGCAACGCGGACCGUAGGAUCGCGCGCGAGAAGCUCAAGGCAAAGAAUGCCGCCGGCUCACCUUCCAACGCUGCUUCACCUGAGGCAUCCGAAAUGGAUGGACCAGUGUCUGGCAUAAACGGUACAGGUGAAAACGCUCCACAGAGAGGCAAAGGCCGCAGCAAGGAUGGCACAGCACGCAAGUGUGCCAACUGCGGCCAGGUCGGCCACAUCAAGACCAACCGCAAGUCAGUAUCCCCCUUCAUUUGUCCUGAUUGUAAGCGGGAGAACAAAGAGAGCAAGACCAACAACAAGAACCGCAACAAGAAGAAGAAUGUGAACGAAGGCAAUAGCAGCAACCAUGGACGCAAGAGUGCUAGCGCUUAG